CAACAAAUGAGCACCGGGGUCCGGAGGCGUUGCGUUCUUUUACUGGCGUUCGCCCUUCUGGAGGCGGCACCGACUCUAUUUUAGAACUUUCCAUCUUCCCGCCUCUCUUCCCUCCCCUUUCACUCCUUCGCACCGCAGAAUUUCUCAUCCUUCCUCACUUUCUUUCCUUACGGAAAAAAAGGCACAUGCCGACGUCGCGGGAUCGAUUGACGUGGCAGAUUCUUCCGACUGCCGGCGGCCACUUCCGGUGGAGCGCAGCAGGCGGAGAUCCCGGGCGCCGGCCGGAACAGCCGCCGCCUGAAACCCUUGUUCUUGGCGAGGAGAACCACCCCGAUUCUCGCCUCCCAUCCAUGGAAGAUCUCGUGAUCCAAGCGCGUCAGAAGGUCAUAGAAGGUGGUGAUGGGGCUCGUUGUGGAGUGCCGAUGUUCCGUACGGGAUUGGGACGAUCCGUUUCGGUGAGUGAGAGUUCGAUUCGGAAGGCAAGUUCUUUUCUUGAAGGAGGAGAUGCUACCGAUAGAGAGGAUGGUGGCGGUGCAGAGGGCUUUCCAAUGUUUCGUACUGGUUAUGGGAAGUCGGUUACCGUGAAAGAGUCUUCUAUGAGGAAGGCAGCAGCUGUUCUUGAAGGAGUGGAUAUGGAGAAAGGAUCUAAAAUAAGUUUAGAGGAUGGGGGUGCGGAGCACCUUCCAAUGUUUCAUACUGGUUCUGGGAAGUCAGUUAGAGUGAGGCAGUCUUCUAUCAGGAAAGCAUCAGCUGUUCUUGAAGCAGUGGGUACGAACAAAGGAGCUGCAACAGUUUUGGAGGGUGGUGGCAGUGAUGGGGGUUUUCCAAUGUUUUGUACUGGAUCGGGAAAGUCAGUUAUGGUGAGUCAGUCUUCAAUCAGGAAGGCAACUGCUGUUCUUGAAGGAGAAAAUAUUAAGAAAGACCUGCUGCACAAACAUACAGUGGAUGGAAACUCCAGUUUCUCUGAUUCCCUUUUCCAGACAGGCUCUGGUAAAACUGUAAAUUUAUCUUCUUCUGGUCUUCUUAGGGCUUCUGCUUUGCUGGGUUUGGAGGGGCAUAAUGACCCUUCUAUACAAUGUUUCGAGCUUGCAAUGGAUCAUUUGGAUGCCAGGAUAACUACUCCGAGGGAAAAUCCACAUGUGAAGCUCAAAUGGGAUGUGAAUUCUGGUAAUACUGGCUCAAUUAGAAUUGACCCCAUGGAUGCACAAUCAGUCCAAAGAUAUUCAAAGGAUUUUUCCUUAUCAAGAAACCAGUUGGCUAAAGAUUCACUUCAAAAUCCUCUGGGGUUUGAAUUGCAUUCAUCUAAUUCUACCCAGAUGCAUAUUAAAUUCCACACUGCAGGUGGAAGAUCUAUACAGAUUUCUAGUGAUGCAUUACAGCGUGCAAGGAGCCUUCUUGUUGAUUCAGACUCUGAAGUUCUACAGAAUGAUGAGAAAGCAGAUCAACCAUUUAUCUUGGUUCCUAAAGAUGAGAGCGAUUGUGGCAGGACUUUUUGGAAUAAAGAAAACAUCUCGUCUGUGCACCAAAAUGCUGGAAAGUGCAAAUCUGUGUCAGAACCCUUACCUUGCAUACAAUCAUUUGCCAAUCAAAAGGCGUCAUCACAUCCCCUUCAGGGUACCAAUUCUCUGGGUGUUAUGCUAGAUCAAGUGAAUAUCGAAUGCAGACCAUCAGGUGGAACACUGGUUGAUAUUUCAAAUAACAUUAGUUUGGAUCAUGCAAAUAUAAAUCGGCUUUCCAGCGAAAAGAAAAGGCUCAGAAGGAGAAGCUCUGUCUCUCCAUUUAAAAGGCCACGUAGUUCUAGGUUCACUGCUCCUUUAAAUGGCAGCAUCUCUUCCUUGGCUACUGAUACAUCCAUGUCAGAAAAUUGCUGUCGCAGAGUGAGGGUGUCCUCUCAUUAUCCAUUUCAAUUUAAGCGAAAGAAUAUUAAGGAUUUCUUUGGCAAAUGCACUAGUCAGCAAAACAUGCUGGCACAUCUACCAGAUGAAGUGAAACACAUGAAUGCAGAUAAUGCACUGCAAUACAGAUUUCGUGAUGAAUCUGGUGGCUAUGAAAUUGGGCCAGAAGCCUUUCAAAAUAUGCUGCUUCAGUCUGGUGCUUCAUUAUUAAGUGCAACUAAAGAGUGGGUCGCAAACCACUACAAAUGGAUUGUUUGGAAACUUGCAAGCCUCGAACGAUGCUAUCCGGUUCAAGCUAGUGGCAAGUACUUAACGGUGUCUAAUGUGCUCGAGGAAUUAAAGUACAGGUAUGAGAGAGAAGUCAACUAUGGCCAUAGAUCAGCAAUAAAGAAAAUUCUGGAUGGGGAUGCAUUACCUUCUUCUAUGAUGGUUCUAUGUAUUUCAGCAAUCCAUUAUUCUGAAACAGAGAUCUGUAAAAUGGAUGAUAUGACUGGUCCAAAUGAGAAUAACAACAAGCUUACCAGCUCAAUUACAGUUGAAAGUAACCGCAAUAUGAGAAUAGAAUUUACUGAUGGAUGGUAUUCAUUGGAUGCUUUCUUAGAUGUGUUACUGUCAAAACAACUCCGGACCGGAAAGCUAUUUGUUGGCCAGAAGCUUCGGAUCUGGGGUGCUGGUUUGCAAGGUUGGGUUGGACCUGUUUCACCGCUUGAGGCAUCAAAAACAGUUAGUUUACUGAUACAUAGUAACGGGACGUAUCGGGCACACUGGGCUGAUGCAUUGGGAUUAUGCAAGGGUCUUGGGGCUCCAUUGGCUUUUAGCUGCAUAAAGGCAGGUGGGGGUAAAGUUCCAAGGACAUUGGUUGGGAUUACCAGGAUUUAUCCUGUUUUAUAUAAGGAGAGGUUCCCUGAUGGUGGAUCUGUUGUAGGAUCAGAAAGGAUGGAACAUAAAGCCCUUCAACUGUACCACCAGAGGCGAUCAAAAAUUGUAGACGAUAUUAUGUCUGAGCAACAGGAUGUUUUUGACAAUGAUAAUGAUAGCGAUGAAGGGGCAAAUAUUUUAAAGAUUCUUGAGGCUGCUGCUGAGCCUGAGGUGUUAAUGGCAGAUAUGAGUUCCGAACAACUAAUUUCUUUUUCAGCUUAUCAGGCAAAGCAAAAGGCACUCAGGCAGUCUUAUAUUCAGAAGAAGAUUGAGAAAUCUUUUGAAGAUGCAGGCCUCAAUUCCAGGGAUGUAACCCCUUUUAUGAGAGUGAGGGUGGUGGGAUUAACCAGUAAGGGCUCAUGCAGAAAGUGCCAACCAAGGGAAGGCUUGAUAACAAUCUGGAAUCCAACUGAAAAGCAGAAAGUUGAUCUUGUUGAAGGAAAGAUAUAUUCUGUUGCUGGACUCAUGCCACUGAACUUUGGUACCAAUAUCCUUUACUUACAAGCUAGAGGAUCUUCUACAGUAUGGAAACCAACCUGUGCCAUACAGACUGAUAAAUUUGAACCAUUUUUCACCCCUCGCAAAUCAAUUACAUUGUCAAAUUUGGGUGAGGUACCUCUAGCAAGUGAGUUUGAUAUUGCAGCUGUAAUCGUGCAUGUGGGAGACGUUUAUAUAUCUGGAUGCCAGAAAAAGCAGUGGAUUUUCCUGACUGAUGGAUCCACAUGCAGUUCGGAAUCUUUGUUUGAAGGGCAAUAUGAUCGUUUGCUUGCUGUCAGUUUCUGUUCGCCCAUGAUUGACAAUGAUUCAUCUGCACUUUUCAGCCACACCUAUUCAGGAAGCACAGUUGGCUUCUUUAAUCUUGCCAAGCGAGCAAGGGACCAAAUGAAUCAUCUUUGGGUAGCAGAGGCGACAGAAAAUUCUACAUAUUGUGUUUCCUAUAAACUUCCCAGCAGCUUACAUCUCAAGGAAGCAGCAGACUCUGCUCAGAGAUGGGCAAAAGUAUCAUAUUGGGCUGUUCAGAAGCUUCGGGAGAGAGUUUUAUGUAUUAUUGGCGGUCAUGUAAGCUAGGAUGUUGAAAUAGUUGAGUUAACCAUUAUAACAAGUUACAUUACCUGCUUGCUGCCAAGGCAUGUUUUUCUCCCAGUUUCAUCAGCAGUUCCUUUGCGCAAGAAGAGAUGUUGUGGUCAACAUCUCGUGUUGGGCAGGAGGCCAAUGUACGUGAAUGAUCUCAUUUACAAACUUUUCUUUGGCAGCAGAGCUGAAAUUUGAGGCGGACAGACUUUCGGACAAAGGCAACGAACGGUGCUUAUGAGGACAAAUCGGUGGAAGUAGUAGUGGUUUAAUUCAGAUGCAAGGAGAAGCAUGCUUCGAGAAAGUGAUGCCAUCCCUUCCUAUCUUUUGGGUAUCAACAAGAUAUCAUGUGGUACUAGCAGAAACCAAUAUUUAUGGAGAAAAGUUUACAUAUUGUACUUAAGGUCAUCCACUUUACAGAUUUUUCUUAUUUGUUGUUUCCAAUAACGGAUCCACUCUAAGCAGGUGUUAGAUAUAACUAUAGGCAAACCAGAAAUGUAAUCAUAAUGAAAAUGUUAUAAUCCUAAAAUUGUAUGAUAUUUUUUUGGUGGUAAUCAAUGUUCAUUGUUUCGUCUCGGUAUUA